GGCGGCGGGGCGGGCGGAGCGGCUCGGUUCCCCCGGGUUACCGCCCGGUUUACCGGGGCUGAAGGAAACAAUCCUCGGCGGCGGCGACGGUGCCUGCCGGGUGGCGGGGAAAGAGCCACGGGGGUCCGCGCGGCGGUGGGGAGGUGGCGGCGGGGCCGCUCCCGUUCCCUCCGGUUCCCUCCGGUUCCCUCCCGUCCCCUCCGGUUCUCCAGAAGUUACCCGCGGGCCCCGGGGAGAGGCUGGCGGCGUGGUGGUCCCCGGGAGUCCCUCCUGCUUGACGGUGCCUUGUGGUUGAUUCUGUCAGCGGGAGCAAUGGAGAUGCAGUCGUACUACACCAAGCUUUUGGGAGAGCUCAACGAGCAGCGCAAGAGGGACUUCUUCUGCGACUGCAGCAUUAUCGUGGAAGGGAGGAUCUUCAAAGCGCACAAAAACAUUUUGUUCGCCAACAGCGGUUAUUUCCGAGCCCUGCUGAUUCACUACAUCCAGGACAGCGGACGCCACAGCACCGCCUCGCUGGACAUUGUCACCUCGGAGGCCUUCUCCAUCAUCCUAGAUUUCCUUUAUUCCGGGAAGCUAGAUCUCUGUGGGGAAAAUGUUAUUGAGGUGAUGUCUGCGGCUAGCUAUUUGCAGAUGACCGAUGUGGUCAACUUCUGCAAAACGUAUAUAAGGUCAUCGUUAGAUAUUUGCAGGAAAAUAGAGAGAGAAGCUGCUUUCUAUCAGGCUGAUAGCGGGAGCGCUAGUUCUGCGAGAGAGGGCACCUCGUACAGCUCAAAGAGCCAGUGCUCUGCCCCUGUCUCUUCCCUGCAGGAAAAGGAAAGAAUUUCGGAUUGCCAGAGAGAUCCUCCCUGUGGUGAAUGCAGCAGCUGCCAUCCCCUGGAGCUCGUCGUCAGAGACCCCCUCAGCAGCGACUCCCCGGACGACGUUAAUUCUUCGCUGCCCAAGGGGGUGGAACCCAAAGUGGAGUUUGAUUCGGAUGAAGUGGAGGUAGAAGUGGGUGAACGGCUGCCGCAGUACCCGACUCCGUUGUCCCUCGAGCAGAUGGAAGAGGGGCUGCACGGCGGGCAGGCGAUGGACCUGGCCUGCAAUAACUAUCAUAUGAAACAAUUCCUAGAGGCCCUGUUGCGCAACAGCUCAGCUCAGAGAAAAGAUGAUGUGGUUCAUCACUUUGUCCGGGGCUUUGAGGGUAGGCCAGAGGACGCAGGGGUAGCCAUGAGUUCCAUGAUGGACAUUCACAGCGACUGGUAUGGUGAGGACACAGGUGAUGUGUUAGUUGUGCCAAUCAAGCUUCACAAAUGUCCGUUUUGUCCCUACACGGCUAAACAGAAAGGAAUACUAAAACGGCACAUUCGCUCUCACACAGGUGAGAGACCCUACCCCUGUGAGACGUGUGGGAAACGUUUCACUCGGCAGGAACACCUUCGGAGUCACGCUUUAAGUGUGCAUCGAUCAAACAAGCCAAUUAUCUGUAAAGGUUGCAGGAGAACAUUCACAAGUAGCCUGUCUCAAGGAUUACGACGCUUUGGCUUGUGCGACAGCUGCACCUGCGUGACCACUACCCAUGAGGACUCGAUGCCCAUUAACCUCAGCCUAAUGGAACCUUCAUCAGAAGGCCAAGAGAAGGGUGAUGCUGAUAAUGAUUGGCCCAUAUAUGUGGAGUCUGGAGAGGAAAACGAUCCAGCUGAUGAUGAUGAUGCCGAUGGUGAUGACAAGCAGGAAAUCCACAGGAGCUUAUCAGAUCGAGAAACACUUAUGUAGCAGUGAGAGGAGAGUGGGAGCAUUUAAAGUGUUUCCCUGGCAGUGGUCAGUCUGCAACUGGAAACUGCAUGUUUGCCCAAUUAGUGAGACUGUGCUGGUUUUUUAUAUUCCAUUUUUUAAUAGAAUAGUGGGGAGAAUUGGAAUUUUUAAUACUUUUCAGUGCUGUGCACCAGAAAUCUGUGAAGAAUCUUCUGUCUGGGGUUCACAGAGGUUGUACUUGAGCAAUUUCCAGUGGUGUCUCUGCCUCCUAAUUUUGAUUUUGCAGGUGGAACAUCUCUGUUUUGUUUUGAUAACAGGUUUCUUCAAAUAAUGCUGUCAUGGUCCUUAAUCCCUGAUCUGAAAGGGGCACCAUCUUCUCUCUGAAGAUUACAUUAAAAGAAAUGUAGUUCUCAUCCAUUAUCUUGGACUUUUCUAAACUAAGUUGUGAUCCUUCUGUAUUAGGACAGUAUUAUCUAGAUUGUAAACCUUAAGUGUUUGCUUAGACUGGAUUUGACCUGGAAGCCAGGACAGACAAACCAGGAUAACAAAAAUAUGCUCCUGAUGAAAGCAUAGACAGAAUAAACAUAUUUCACGUGUCCUUAAUUGCAGGUAUUUAGAGAACAAACUUCUCUUUCUGUAUUGUUUUUAUUGCAUCUUUCUCUCUGAAGAGCUUGGACUACAGAUCUUCAGAUGUGUCUUUAAUGUCAUUUAGACAUUAGUAGUCUUGGCUUAAGAAAUAUUAAGCAUACAUUAUGGUGUCUAGUGUCCUGGUCUCUCAGUUUAGACUAAGCAAACUGCCCAAUUUUCUUCAGUUUUUUACACUAGAAGUUAAAAGCUGUCAAGCAGGUUACUUGGCAAUUCUGAUUCUGGUAGAUUAAAUAGCCAGAUUCACAGCUGAUGUAGCCGAGGAGCAGUUAAAUAUAAAUAUCUGAGCUAUGCAUAUAAACCAGCUCUGAAUACCCUUUUUGAAGCAAUUGGGUAGGAAAUCUCAGAAAUUUUUACUAGCCUCUUUGUAUGCAAAUCCUUUUCUUUUACUAUAUUUUCUUCUAGUCUUUGGUAAUCCUUCUCAUGGUUUGUGUUGUUGUGUGAACUUAUCCAAGUACUGUUUUGUUGUUUUUUUUUUUUAAAAAAAAAACUUAGCGUGGACCUCAUGUUUCUUUGCUGGGAUAGAUAAAGGUUGGCUUUCAAAGGAGGUGAGAUUUUUUUUUGCCUUUCCAGUAGCAAGUUGAUACAAGCUAUCAAAAAUCAAGCUGGGAAGCUUUAGAAGAAAAUGCACCACCAACAGAAAGCCUGUUUGCCUAUGGGUAACCUACUGUUUCCUAAUGAAGAGACAAAACUGAAAUAUACUGUGAAACAAGACUGUUAAUGCUUCUUUAGUAUAUUGUUCGUAAGUGUUUCAUGAAAAGGCAAAUUGUAUGAGUCUUUCUAGCUGGAGUAAGUGCUAGAUCAGAAGCCUGUAGACAGACAUGGCUGACAAAAAUUGAGCAGUUCCUCCCAUUUAACAAGGCAGCGCUUCUUAAGGUUUUUAGUGUAAAGGCUUUACAUUUGGCAAACAUUAGAUGGAACCUAAAAAACAAAGAGCCCCCUGAUUUAACCAGGGUUUGUUUGGGGUUUUUUUGCAUACCUUUUGUUUUUAUUUUACAUACUGAAAAAGAACAAUUCAGCUUCUCUAUCUGCUUCAUCCUACAGUGAAACAGUAGUCCUAUAGUCGUGUCGCAAUUUACUCAUUGAGAGGUGAUCUGAUAUCACAAAUGGAGUUUAAAGUUCAUUGCCAGAUCAGGUAGGAUGAGGAAAGAAGAAACAAGCUUCUUUUUAAACAAGUCCCUUUACUGUUGAUUCCUGAAAAGAGCAGAAGGUAAAGAGACUUGUUUUGAAAUAGUCUGGUCUAAAUUCUUCAUGAGUGCCACCUUCGCAAGAAGAUACUGGCAUCCCGUGCUACAUUUAUUUUCUGUAACUUAAGUUGCAUAAGCUUUCAGUAGUCCCUAUUCCAGGUCAUCUGUAAAUUUGAGUUUGUAAUAGCUGAACUGUAUCAUAGUGACAUAUAUCAUCAUAGAAAAAUCUCACUGGGACAAGAUCUUUAAAAAAUUCAGGGCUCUAUAGCCCCUAUUUCAGUCAUUGAAAUUAAGACCAUCAAAACUCUUGUAGAUGCCAGAUUUGGAGCUGAGCUCCUUUGAAGAUCCUGCUGCGGUUUUGGGUCCUUAGCACUUUUGAAAAUCUGAGCAAAAUGUCGGCUUGUAAAUCAUGUUGGCAGAUUUGAAAAUGCCACCUCCAGCCUACCAGGGUUAGUCUUUUGGAAUACUACUCUAUUUUUGUUGAGUCCAUCCAACAUCAGAGGGUGGUUUUUUGGUAUCUGCUUAUCUGAUAAAGGAUGGACUUCUGCAUGUGAGAACACCUGAAAAAGAGUCAUGGAUUAUCUGUGUUUGUUGGGAGACGAACUCGCUAAUGCAAGUGGGGUAAGAAUGUAAACAGGGAUCCAAAAUGGUAUUUAGUGACCAGGCAUCCCAAUUUCCGGCCAUUCUAGCGUGAAGAUGCCACCUCAUUGUAAAUAUUGGUAGAAGCCACUAGACGUGGAAUAUCAGCUGGGCAUGGUUCUGGCUAGUGCACCACAAUUAAACCGUCAGAAGAUUUAGCUUCUCACACGGCUGAGCUGUGCUGAGGUGCGGGCUAGCUAACUCUGAAACUGUAAAGUAAUUCAGAGUACAGAAAAUUAACCUCUUGCGAAAGUCUGUUAGUAAGAGCUGCAGGAAUGACUGCAGAGACCUUCAGCAAUUUUACUUCAACCUGCUUUCUUUGGUCUUAGAGAUUGUUCUUGUGUGUCUUGUGCAUAGAGAAUGGAGCUGUGUUAAGGUUUGUGUAACACUGGGUAAGGGGUGCGGGUGGGGGGUACGCCGUUCACAUUCCAGAUUGAAAGUGACCACCAAAAUCGAUGUUUCCUGUUGAUCUGUCAUAUUGUGCUGCUUUGUUUUCAGUGGAGUCCUUCAGCCUUUGUAUUUAGAAGAGGAUGUAGUUUAUCCACAUUCUUGUGACCAGAUGUUCAUGUAAAUCUGUUUGCUGUGCUUUCCAUUUAGUUUUUGGAUGUUUUUCCUGAAAUCUUCCAUUGUAGAUCCAGCCUCUACAAGCUUUGAGAAAAUGAUGCAGCUGUUUUAAAAUAUUCAUAUGGUGCUUAAUGAAGAAUCAAAAAUAAUGUUUUUAGGAAAGUUAUUUCUAAUAUCUCUUUCUCAAAGUUUUUUAAAGGCCACGCAGACUACAUAUCUUAAAGUCUUAGCUCUAUGUAAUUGACUUUGUUUAGGAGUAUACGUUUUAACGUACUUUUGCACAUAAUUGCACUGUAUUUCACUAAAGGAAUACAUGCUGCACUGGUAUUUGUAGCGCAUUUAAUUUCUUGGUGCAAGACCUUGUAAAUCUUCCAAAUGUGGUCAUUUAAUUUACUGAUGUUUUGUAAGGCAGUUUCAUAACUGAAGUCCUUUAGUCUAGUUUAAAUGACAAAUUCUUAUAAACCGAACCUUAUUUGUAGAAGUGACUUAACUAUAUUUGUGGAUCUUGGAGCAUUCUGGAGCUUUUUGAUUGUCUAGAAAAUAAAACUCUCUGAGAGGGUUGCUUUGAUUUUUUACCGUUCAAAAGGUGACUAAGUAAACCUGAGAGUGUCUAGAUUAAGGCUCACAUUUCAAUUUCUGGGAAUUAAAAAUGAAUAUAUCCAUUUCUGGUGGCAGACAGUUUGCAAGCAAGAAUCAGAUUCUUGGUAGGAAAGGACUAAAAGGAUGCUGUCAACUUAAAACCCAGCCAACCUGGUGGGUUUUUUUUUAGAAAAUCUUUUAUGUUAUUGACACUGACUUUGUUACCUUACCAGUUUUUGUAGUUUUAUAAUCAUCUUAACUUUUGAAACUCUUUUUAAACCUUUUCAUUUUUUCAUGCUGGGUGAGAGAAAUCCAUGCAGCUGGGAAGCAGUCACUGAUCCUAGCUAGAAGAAAAUGCUGUCAAAUGCCUACAAUAAAAUGCAUGCAGAUGGGGGGGAACAGACUCCCAAAUAUUCUUUCUAGAUAAUUUUGAAUUAUAUUGGGUAUUUCACAAACAGACUUUUUAAAACCUGCUUUUACAGACUAUGAUAUUUAAAACCUCUAUUUACCUGUUGUUUUAGAAUAUCCUGAAUCAAUGAAGAAUGUAAUAACCCCUUUUUUCUUUUCACUGUUUUCAGUCAAACAGUGAAAUCUGUUCAUUUUUAUUUUAUUGGGAUCUUUAGGUUUAUACAUUUUUGUUUCAGAAGUGCCUGGGAAUUAUUCAUAUUUCAAAACGUCUUUUUUUUUCUUUUUAAAUUAUUAAAACAUUUUCAUUAGUAUUAAAGAUUUUUGGAUCCAACUUAAGUUGACAGUGCCCUUUAACGUGCACAUAAAAAUUGCAUUUCUUCUCUUAAAGGGCACUGUUAACAUGUCAACCAAAUAACUGAAGAGAGUCUGUUUUUUGCCUUUUGUUGGAUUGUUUGAAAUUCAGAUUUUCUACAUGUCUAGAAAUGUUAGUAGCAUGUAUGAGAACAAAAAGGUUGUGAAGUUGUUAAAACCUUGCCAGCGGCUCCAUUUAUACACGUACGUGUGGUGUGCAUGCCCACACAGAGCUGCUUUUAGGUCUGGAGUUAUAGUUAAGAUGUCAUCAUCUCUGCCAUGUAGGUCAGCAGAGCACUUUUACUAAAACACCACCAGUGAGUAUAGCGACUUCUUUGUUUUUUAUUAAAUAGUUAUAGGCAGGUGUCUGAGUACUAGUAAGUUAAAAAAAGAAAGAAAAAAAUCAAACCAAACCAAACACUACCCACCACCCAAAAAAAAAAGUCUCAAAACAACGUGCUGUACACAGCAACUUUAAAUGCCACCCCCAAAUAUCCAAAGACAAUAUACUAGACUUUAAACUUUGGACUGCCAGUCAAGAUACAAAAUAUUUUAACUGUCAAAAUACAUGACUCCACACUUCUUACGUGCUUUUAGCAUAACCAGCUAAGUCUCCAGUCCUAUGAAGGCUUAGACACACAAUUGGUCCCACUGAUCACGAGACUAGUUAUAAGGGUAAAAUUUAAGCACACACUGACAGUUUUGCAGAAUUAGAAGUCAAAUCAGGUCUUAGAAAUUCUUAAAGUUCUUCAGUGGCAAGGCUUAUUUUAAUUUUUAGCUGCUGGCUUCUUUUUGGGUUGGAGGGGAACUAUGUGAACACAAAUUUAAUUUUAGAGCCAAUGGCUGUGCUACUGAUUUUUCAAAUUCUGUCUUGUUGUUUGGUUGUUAGUAACUAAGGUAUGCGAGCUCUGACCCAAACCAGUGUGUGUUACUCAAAAAUAGGAAGCUUGCUUUGAAAUUGUUUCUUCUUGUAGUUGUUUGUGUUUCUAAUACAAGACAGACAUCUUUUGCUGGUAAAUAAUGGCUAUUGAUAGCUAUAACAGCCUUUUCUAGAUCACUAAAGUUUUGAAUACUUCAGUGUUUGGAGACUUGGAGGAUUCUUCUCUCCUCCUGUAGGAAAGUGAAAACUAGAAUACUCACUAAACUAAACAAGAGUUAACACUUUGGGGAGAUGCCCUGAUUUUAGAACCUGCUUAUUUUAGAUACCAUCAUGCAGAUGGAUUUAUGGGUAGAUUCAAGGACCUUCAUAAAUCUCCAAGCCCAUUCCAGGAUCUGUCCAAGUGAAAGCCAGUACAGUAAUAGCACUGUAUUAUUAAACAAGAUGCUAUAUAUUUGUUGAGGAAGAUUUUCACUUUUGAAAACCAAUGUGUGAAUGUUGCCAGUUAAUACAGUAUCUUCAGACAGAUCAGUGGAGUAGUUUAAUCAAAAGUAAAUUGUCCUAAAAUACUAAUUGGUACAAUAGCAUUUUCAUUUGUACCAUCUGAAUCUGAUGUAUGUGAAAUCCAGUUACCCCGGCUUUCUCUGUAUGGCCAUCUUCUUUUAAAUUUUUUACUGUUUUAACUCUUCUUUUGUUGUUUACUGAACUUUUAAACAUAGCAGAUUAUGACUUUUUAAAAAGUGCUCCAGUACAAGCAAAAUAAGGGUACUUAAAAAAAACCACGGACAACUAAGAAGAAACAGUAUCCAAUGUUAAGCAGAUUAUUUUGAUGAGAAAGAGGAGUGCUAGGGAAUGAAAGAAGGGACUGAUAUCCGGUGCUCUGCUUCCACAGGUAUUUGGGAUCAAUAGUUCUAUGUGGGGAAAAAGGUCGCGUAAAGUUCUGAAUCGUGGGUCUUUAUAGUAUUUUAGAAAAGACAGCCUGGCAGCAUUCACAGACAAUUCAGAGUACAAUCCGGGUGGCAGUGUGAACCCAGCAGCCCUUUCCAGAUUUAGUAACUGGAUGUUUUCUGCAGAUCAGUAAUAGAGAAAUUGCACUGAUGUUUUACCACAAGCUGCCAGAUCUGCAAGUGUACCUGACCUGAUGCUGAGGUGUCUGUGAGUGUAUGUGUCAGGCUGGAAGAGAGAAAACCAAACUGAACCAAAGUUGAGAAUUAACGUGCAUCACCACCAUACAGGCAAUUUACCCUUUUUAAGGGGUGGGGAUCAAAUCUUUAAGUGCUUUUUGUAACAUUUUUUCUACAGUGGUGCAUUACUGAAUUUGUCUUUAUUGUAUGUUAAAUUGUGUAUGUACUACAUAUGUUUAUAUUGUUGUAUGUAGUCUGGUUCUUUUAUAGUUAAAGAACAGAAAACAUUAAAUAAAUACUAAUCUCACAGUAA